AUGGACGACAUCACCGCUUCGCUCGCGCCGGAGCUCCUCUCCGAGAUCCUCCUCCGCCUCCCUCCGGACGAGCCAGGGCACCUCUUCCGCGCCGCCCUCGUCUGCAAGGAGUGGCUCCGCGCCAUCUGCGACCCCGGCUUCCUCCGCCGCUACCGCGCCUUCCACGGAUCCCCUCCCCUGCUCGGCCUCCUUCACAGGCGCCAAGUCCUACAGGGUGAUCCCGUCCGCCACCUCGCCCGCACCACCGCAGUGCCCCUCUUCCCCGAUCCCACCUUUCGCCGGGCCCUCGAUUGCCACCAUGGCCGCGCCCUCCUCCACGCGUCGGACGACGGUUGGUAUCUCAUUGUCUGGGACCCCGUCACAGGCGAACAGCACCGCGUGCCAGAGCCUGGCAUCCCGUGGCUGAUGUACACUGCCGCAGUGUUCUGUGCCGUGAGUGGCUGUCCCUUCAGAGUGGUCUUUGUGGCCACGGACGAUGAGGACGAACUCGUUAAGGCGAGCGUGUACUCGUCGGAGACGGGUGCAUGGAGCAAGCCAGCAAUUCUUGAUUAUGGUUAUCAAACCUGGCAAGAGCGUUUGCAAGCCAUCACUAGAGGUGAAUCAUACCGUACACCUUAUGUCCAGCCCAGGCGAGGAGCCCUUGUCGGAGAUGAAAUCUACUUCACACUUCGGAACGAGAAUGCAAUCAUCAAGUACAACUGGGGCAUGAACUGCUUUUCUAAGAUUGACCCGCCGAUACGAGAAGUGUAUGACAUUGCCCUCAUGGAGAUGGAGAACGGCUCACUGGGUUAUGCCUGCAUUCAGGGUUCCAGCCUUUAUGUGUGGAUUCAUGCUGCUGGGAGUCAUACUUGUGAAGAUGUUCUUAUUGAUGCUCUAGUUCUGGUUGCUGAAGAUAGUGUUACACCCUCAGAUAAAGUUCAAAAUGAUGUUGAUGAUACUAAUACUGAAGGUUGUAAUGCUGUUCCUUCUAGAUUUGAUGAUAAUGCUGAUGUUGAUGCUUCAAUACCAGAUGAUGUUGUUGUCUGUACACCCAUUGAAAAUGAUCCAUGUGUCAACUCUUUUGUUGCUAAUGGUGAUGAUGUUAUUGCAUCUGGUCAUGCUGCUGCACUUAUCUCAUCAAGUAACAGAGAUUUUGAUUAUGAGUUGUUGACUCCUAAGAGUGCUUUUGUGAAGAAGUUCAAAUAUUGUGCUGAUCAUAAUUUGGCUGGUUCUGCUAGUGCAACCAUUGCUGCUUCUAUUCAUAAUGUUGCAAAGAAGUUUAAGACAAGAUUUCCAGAAUUACUAAAUCAAAAUGCCAGAGACAAUAUUAUUGAUUUUUCAAGGCCUUCAUUCAAAUUGCUUGAUUCUGAAGAUGAUGUUAGUAGUUCUAAUGAUGAUGCCAAUAAUCAGUUAAAUGAAGAGGAUAAUCAAGCUCAUGGAGAUAUUACUCCUCCUUCAUCAUUGCUGUGCAAAUCUUUUCGAUCUGUCCCUGAUUCUAUUGAUGUCAUUGAUCACAACAAUAUAAGAAAUUUCAUCCACUGA